CUUCCUUAACAAUGGAGAAUUACUCAUACUGCAACUAACACCCCAACUCGCCACUCUAACUCAGCUCAACUUGACUCGGUCUAACCCCGCCCUAACUCAGCUCCAGCAAAAAUUUUUUUUUUCCAACUUCGCCGGAACCCCCCCGACUCAACGAUCUCUUGCUAACCCGAUCCAACACCUACGCCACGCCCCCAACCGGGUCGUUUUUUUGGCCCGAAUUAUGAACCCGUCCUUAUUCAAUUUUGACCAUACUCCUUUCAGAUCUAAUUAGAACAACCCAUUAAUUGGAAUCAAAUAAUUUUUUGUAAUUCGUAAAUUUUUUUUUUUGCUUUUGUGGGAUUUAUUAUUCUCAAUGGCAACGAGAAAUAGGACGAUUUUGUUUAGAAAAUAUAGGGAUGCAUUAAAGAGCGUUAGAAUUCCGGCCGGUGGUGGCUCCUUGCCGUCGCCCUCGUCGAGCUCCUCCGGCGGUGGCCCCGUGAUCGAGUUGUCUACGACGUCGUUGCUCCACCCCAAUCGGGCUUAUACUCCCCUCAGCACUGAAGAUCCUGGAACCUCUAGUAGAGGUGCAGUAACGGUUGGUCUGCCACCAGCUUGGGUAGAUGUUUCAGAAGAGAUUGCAGCAAAUGUGCAACGUGUUCGAGCAAAAAUGGCAGAGCUAGCCAAGGCUCAUGCAAAGGCUUUAAUGCCCUCAUUUGGGGAUGGCAAAGAAGAUCAACGCAGGAUUGAGUCUCUUACCCAAGAAAUAACUGAUCUUUUAAGAAAGUCAGAAAAGAAGUUACAGAGACUCUCUCAAGGUGGGCCUUCUGAGGAUUCAAAUGUUCGAAAAAAUGUGCAGAGGUCUCUUGCUACUGACCUUCAGAGUCUGUCAGUGGAACUACGUAAGAAACAAUCAACAUAUUUGAAGCGAUUGCAACAGCAGAAAGAGGGUCCUGAUGGAGUUGACUUGGAAAUGAACUUGAAUGGAAGCCAUUCCAAACAGUUUGAAGAUGAUUUUGAUGACCUGGGAUUUAAUGAACAUCAAAUGGCCAGAUUAAAGAAAAGUGAGGCUUUCACAGCAGAGAGGGAGAGAGAAAUUCAACAGGUUGUGGAAUCAGUUAAUGAACUUGCCCAAAUAAUGAAGGAUCUGUCGGUCCUCGUGAUUGACCAGGGUACAAUUGUUGAUAGGAUAGACUACAAUAUCCAAAAUGUCGCUGCAUCAGUUGAGGAGGGCCUUAAACAGUUGCAGAAGGCCGAGAGAACACAAAAACAAGGGGGGAUGGUUAUGUGCGCCACUGUACUUGUCAUCAUGUGUUUUAUCAUGCUAGUCCUCCUGAUUCUGAAGACGAUAUUACAUAUUUGAUGCAUGAAGAUACAGUUACACCCUCUACCAUUUUUGGAACCCUCCCCUGCACUUACAGUGGAAGCAUAUUGCUCGACUUCUGGGAUUUUUGGCUGAUUUCGGUUUCUACACUGCUUUAUUUUUUUUCUAAUGUUUUGUUUUCCUAGGCCUGAGGGAGAGGAUGGUAUUCUUAAAAGGUUUCUAUAGACAGCUCCAGGGACACUGUAUAGAGGCAUUUGGUGUUAUUCAGCAACGGUAGAUUGGAAAAGAAAACUUACACUUAAUUUUUUUCCCUGGGAGAAUUUUGUAGCAUUAUUCAGUAAUGCUCAUCUUUUGGGAUGAGGUAACAUAAGUUGUCUGUAUCUAUAAAUUGUUGAAAUGCAAAAUGAAGAAAAUCGUUUUUGCAUU